GUUUAAAAUCCUUCAACUGUGAUGCUACCUCUGACAUAUCUUGACGAAAGAAGUCCGUAUAUUUUUAGAAUCCUAAUUCCUGGAACUGUUUUUGUCCGACUACCUUACAUGCAACCAGGCUAUAUAGCCUUGAGCCGAUGAACACAUAACAAAAAUAUAUCAAACGCAAUUGGUACAAAUAGGAAUAAAGUAUUGUCAUUACUCGGCAUCCUUUGUUUGUCUUCCAAAACAUAGAUUGGAACCCUCUGAAAUUUUUGAGUUAAUUUGAAUCAAUAUUAUCCUCAAGCGUGUCUGCUUGACAAUCUAAAACCUCGGGGACGAUCGUAAUCGAAAGUAUGAUUUGCAGAAAACGCUUAAGUUGCUUAAUUGUACACAGCUUAAUUAUAUUCCAUUUUUCUUUUUCUUCAACUGUUCCAUGAUCUAUCCGUUUUUUUUUGUUUGUUGUUGUUUGGUGGUAUUCAUAAAUACUAAUUCCCAGUCUUAAAAAAUGUAUAGUUUACUGCAUAGAUAAUGCAUUAUGCCAGCCGAAAGGAACUAAAACUGCAGGAAAUUCCAUUCACACCAAUCGGUUUUUACUAUAAAUAGUGAACUGUACUUUAAAACUAGAUAUUUUAUUAAAUUUUAAAUUUUGAAAACACCGACAAUUAGACAAAAAUCUCAGUAAUCAUUGAGAAUUACCGUGUAUCUUUGUAUCAGUCUUUGGUGAUUUCUGCAGUCGAGAAGACAUUCAUUAGUCCAAAACGAACAGCAGCCCGACCUAUAUAGAAAUGACGGAUAUUUUUAUUUGAAUACUAGUAGUUGAAUAGCGUCAUAAAACUUUUGAUUACGAUUGUCGUUCUCAAGACUCAGAACUUAACCAAUCAAAAUACUUUAUCAUGUGUUUCGAGCACAAACUGUGUAUUCCGGGUACUGAGUAAAGUUUAAUGAGGUCGACAUGCUUAUGGAAUCAACUGUAUAUUUGAUUUCAAUUAAGUUUUUUUUUCAAAUCUUGUACAUUAAAUUCUUCAAACUACGUACAUAAAUUUUAAUUGACAUCUAAACCUAAUUGAUCAGCAUUUCUGUGUGCAUCUUGCCUUCUUGAUUUCUGUAAGUGUGAUACUUGGCAAGCUCAAAUAUUUUUCUACUUUUCUCUUUUUGCAAGUCUUUCAAAUGAAGGUCAAAUGAAGGUCAAAUGAUGCCAGUCAUUAUCGCAAUCUGAAUUAUCAGUAGUAUACUAAGUGUGUAAAUUUUUGAUGUUAUAAAUAUAUUUGUAUAAGCAUGCCCUCCGUGGAUUUUUAUUAUAUACUCGCUUCAAAGGAAGAGAUAUUUUGGUUUUCAUCCGUGCGUCUGUAAUAUAAAGUAAUGUCCCCCAUGAACUAUUGUCUGUUGGGCAAAAUUUCAUAUAAAAUAUUGUCCGCGGACACUACUUCAUAUUGAUUUACUGUCCAGGACAAUAUUUCAAUAUGAAAUAGUGUCCUUGUCCAUGAAAUUUUGUCACCUACUUCUGAACAAUAUUUAACUAUGGAAUACUGUCUCUGAUAACAUUUCACUGUGAAAUUCUGUACAUGACAAUAUUUCAGUGUGAAAUUAUGUCCAUGAAAAUGUUUCUUCUAUUAAUGUCUUCCCUGAGAAAUCCUCUGCCAUGAAAUUGUGAGCAUCUAGUAAUGUCUUCCUUGAGAAAUCCUCUGCCAUGAAAUUGUGAGCAUUUCUGAAAUUUUUAAAAAUAUUUUUCAUAAAACAGUAUGUGUAUAUCCAUAAAUUGUGGAGAUUUGUUUGUUAUUAUCAAUCAAUAGAACACUUUAAUGAUACCAUUAUCCAAAAUAUUAAAUGUCUAUAACCUCACUUUCAUGAGACAAAAUUGCAUGGCAAUCCAUCUAUGAAAUAUUGUCUCAAUACACAAUAUAUAACCUUGGAUAACCUCCCUUUAACAAGAAAAAAAUUCAUACUAUCCACCUAUGAAACAUUGUCUGUAUAUGGACUAAAUUUCAUAUGGAAAUUUGUCCUUUUCGGACAUUAUUUCAUAGUUGGAGACAAUAUUUCUUAGGACAAUAUUUUGCUAAACACAUGUACCUUUUGUGUUGAAAUAUACUAUAUUUCUAUGCCCCCGCCGUAGGCGACGGGGGCAUUAGGUGUUACCCUUCCGCCAUCCCAUUUUCGUUUUCGCACUCUAACUUUAGUUUGCCUCGUGUAAAUUUUAUGAAACUCAUGCACAAUGCUAAGAACCGAAAGUUGCAUGCAGAGUUCGAUUUUGGGCAGCGAGUCACUUACUGUUCUAGCGUUAUGCCCCUUUAUAUAAACUUGGAAAAUUGCAAUUAUUUUCGUUUCCACACUCUAACUUAAGUUUAACUCAUCCAAAUUUUAUAAAACUCAUACACAAGGCUAAGAACCAUAACACGUAGACAGAGGUCGAAUUUGGGUUGUAAGUCAUUUACCGUUCUAGAGUUAGGCCCCCCUUUAACGUGGAAAAUUGCAAAGCUUGAACGUAGGCAUUUGUGUCCUCAGACAAAUUAUUCUUUUCAUUUAAUGUUAUGUUUUCUUUGCUUUUCACAAAUUUUCAACUAAUUGUACAUGAUCAUAUUUGCAUUCAAAAGAGAGAAAAAACGAUCUCCAAUUAGUUUAUCUAUUUUAAGAGUCACGAUUCAAUAAACCUUCAAUGGUCUUUUAGCCGGAUAAACUACCAUUGACCCAUAAAAUGACAUAACUGUAGUGAUUUUAAUAACUUUGUUUUUAAAAGUGGAGACACAAAAGUAUUGUUCAGUUAGAAAUCAUGGGCUUAUUGAUAUCAUUUAUAAUACUCUUCUCUCUUGUUCUUUGGACUAACGCAGGUGGUGUUAAAAAGGUACUGGUGUUUGGUGGAAAUGGUCUUAUUGGUGCAGCCAGCGUAAAUAAAAUGCUAGAAAAUGGACACGAUUUGACUUUGGUUACCAGAGGAAACUGGUACUGGGACACUGACGAUACUAUCAAGCCACGGAUAAAGCAUUUGAAAUGUGAUCGAAUGAAAAGUUUGAUGGAUUGCUGGAGUGCAGAACAGUAUGAUUUUUAUGAUGCAAUUGUAGAUUUCAGUGGUUUUGAUCCGUAUAUGAUCAAGGAUACAUUGAAACUUCUGCAAGGACGAGUAGGGCGUUAUAUCUACAUCAGUUCUGACUCUGUAUACGAGGUCUGCACGAAAAACCAUACUCGGCCAACGAUAGAGACCGAUUCUGUACGACCGGGUCAUAUACCAGAGCAGGAGAUUUUGAACAAGAAAGAUGAUUACGGACAUCGGAAAUUUUCAGGGGAAGAGGUUUUGGUAGAACAGAGAAAGCAAGGUGGGAUGCCAUACUUCUUCAUCAGAUUGCCGGAUGUUAUUGGAUCACGUGAUAACACGUACCGUUGGUGGAUAUACCAGGCUUGGUUGCGAUUAUCACCAUACUUAGAAACAGAAAUAUCUAUUCCGAAAAAUCUUGUUAACUUUCCGAUGAGCUUCGUUUAUGUUGAAGACGUUGCAAAAAUUGUAUCACAAAGUUUGAAUUAUGACAAAGACCUUUUAGACGAAGCAUACAACUUUGCUUUUGAUGAGACGCCAACGCUGCCAGAAGUUCUUGAAAUGAUGAAAAAAUAUAUGGAAAAGCAAGAUAUUGAUAUUCAAGUGUCUGACAAUGAAGAUGUUGUUCACUUAUUUCCGUCCGUGACAAGAGGUCCAAUAUGCUGUGAAAAAGCAAAGCAUAAACUUGGUUUUAAACCCACGUCUUUCGGACAGGCUGCAAAGGAAACGGUUGAUUUUUAUGAACAAGCAAUGUUAAGUAACAAAUUUGAAAGAGAACGGUUAAGUGUAUUAACAACGUUGGAAACAUUUUCACCUAAUAAUCCUAGAAACGUUUAUAUAGGACUCCGAAAAGAAUAUGGUUUAAAUAUAAAAAGUAGAGAAGAACUGUAGUAUCGGAUCCAGUUGAUAUCCUUGUUCAUUCGAGCGUCACUGAUGACUACUUUGCAAAAACGAAACACUCGUCUGGAGUACAAAAUGUUACAUUGAAAAAGGAUUAAAGUCGAGAAUGAUGUAAUAUAUCUUUUUUAUAAAACAUAACUACUUUA